AUGCCCCCAGUGUUCAUAAACUUCAGAGGCAAAGACGAGCGGCAGAAAUUAUUGCCACAUCUCAAACAUCAUUUGAAAGACAGCAAUGUGAAUGUGUUCACGGACGACGACGCUAUUGGAGAACCGUUAAAGAAUCUCUUCAAACAUAUCAGAAGGUCAAGGAUCGUUAUCGUCAUCUUCUCCGUUAACUACUUGGAGUCAGGGUGGUGUUUAGACGAGCUGGUUGAGAUCAGGAAAUGCUUAGAGACUGAGAAAAUUGACUUCGCCAUACCAAUCUUCUAUAAAGUCAAGACUUCUCACGUCAAGGAACAGAACGGAAAGUUUGGAAAAAAGUUUGUAGCAUUACAGAAAAAGCAUCGCAGUUCCAGGAUCAUAAAAUGGAAGAAAGCUUUGAGAUAUGUAGCUAAAUUAAUUGGACUGACUUAUCAGAAAAGAAGUUCAAUUUCAGAGUUGGAUUUCAUCAGGAAGAUCGUUAAAAUGGUUGAUUUAACUUUAACCAAAAUUUCGUCAAAGGAUGGUGAUAAUAAUAAAAAUAGUCCAGAGACGUCUAAGGGUGUUGCUUCGAGGCCUUUGUUGUCCCCUAAUUUUGCUCCUUUCGUCCAAGUACCAACAUGCUACAGGCUGUUGGAGCCUAACGUUCCUCAAGAUUAUAGACGAACAUUCUCAUAUCACAACAAUAUAUAUCAAUAUCCCCCUUGGCCUCAUGCAACGGGUUUGAACCUAUACCCUACCAGACUUCCUCCUCGAGGCUCUGUAUUUAGUUUGUGUCGUAAUAAUGCGUUAUCAGGAGUUUUAGCGAGUUUAUUUCCGUCAAAUUUUGACCAAGGCCCUACCAUAGAUCCAACAAGCAUGCACGAUGAAAUAGUUUCGACAUCUCAUGAUGCGGAGACAGAAGACAUAACGAGUUUGUUAGAGAAGCUUGAGCUUGAACGAAGAAGAUGA